AUGAGCUCUACCUUGCCAUCUACUCUAUUCUCGAGUAAAAAGUCGUUUGCACAAAUGCUCCCUUCCAUGUUAAAUCAUCCAUCACAUGUAGAGCAAAUCAGCCAACACUUGACCGCUGAUCUGGAGCUAUUUAGGCAGUAUGGCAUCCUCUUUCUCGAGCAGAUAUCUGACCAGACUAUCGACAUCAAGCCCAUCAUUGUACUAUCGUGUGUCAAUAGAUAUUUUAUCCAGUGUUUAGCAGAUAAUGAGAAAAGCUUGAAAGAUGUUGUCGAUGAAGCCCGUUUGAUCGUGUUUUCCUAUUGUUUGAAGAUUCGUAAUACUAGACAAGAUUUGGACGAUAUUGAAAUCUAUCAUGUAUUAUAUUCAGUUUUAGGUCAAUGCGCUCCUUCGAGCACUUUAUCUUGGCAAAAAGAGCUCGACAUGUCAUCGCAGGCAAAGGAAAAGAAAAUGUUGCAAGAUUGCGAUGAUCUGAUCGAGCAUUACAUUCGCAAUCCUAACGAUUACCCAGCAGAGAUUUUAGUCGACGAUCAAGACCCAGGCAAAACUAUAAGAUGUUUACUAUUCAACCUCUUGUUUGAGUCUAAAAUGAAACCGCUCCAGCUCAAGAAUGAUAAACAUUUUGCAUUUUCUGACGCCUGGGCUCGUCUGUUGAAGCAUGCUUCAAAUUCACCCGCACAUGUAGAAUUCAAUGUUGUGGUACAACUGACAGAGAAAUCACUGUGGGACAUUCAAGCUGAACAUUUACAUCUCCCAUCGCUGCAAGAGACCGCAAUAAACGCCCAUCCCGUCGUCUUUUCCAAUCAACAAGAGUAUGAAACUACAUUGCGAGAGUGUCUAAAGUCUUUGCAAGUGGCGCAUACCAUGUACAUUAGCACCAUUGUUUACAGCAUGAUCCAACUAAUUCAACAUGCCCGUGUAUCAUAUAAUGACGACGAUCAAUUCCAGGGCCGCAUUAAUCAAAUGAGCCGAGCUAUUUGGUUUGAGCUAUACCAAUCUUUAUUAACCGACGCAGCAUUUGAAACGCUCCCCUGCGAAGCAUCUCCCAUCAUAGCCAGACUAUUUAAAGUUGCCGCCUGUUACAUUCAGUUUAGAUUGGCUCUCAAUAUACCCUAUACCGAGUUUCCGAUGUCUAUCUGGGACCAUUAUUACUUGCAGAGAUCGAUAUUUCUCAAGUCUACCGGUAUCACAGACAACACCUUGUUGAUUGAAAAGGUGGUUUUUACUAGUGCAGGUGCAUUACUUUGA